AAACCGUCUCCGCGGCUGCCCCCGCCUCCUCUGCUGGAUGUGAAAUGGCGGUCGGCGAGGCAAUUGUGAGCACCGCAGCUCCUGCCAAUCCCGCAUAGCCGCCAAAACGGCCCCGAACACUGGCGCACCCCUCCCGCAAGCCCCUCGAAGCCCAUCCAUGAGAUCGGUGCUCUGCCGCCCCUUCCGCUGCCCCUCACCCAGGUGACCGUGCCCGCCGGCCGAGUCAUCGAUCCCGCGCGGGCCCUGUCGGCCGCCGGCCGCCUCCCUCACUGCGUGCCUCGGGGGCGGGGGAGAAAGCACCUUCUCGGCCCCCGCCCUCCGUGUUCCGCCCGGGCGCCCGCCCGCUUGCUCCCUUUCCCGCCGAGCCCCCUCCCCCGCACUACUCGCAGCCCUCCCUUCGCCACACACACCCCCCUCUCCCCUCCCCCAGUGGUUGCGUCCGUGACAUCAUCAUCAUGGCAACAAGAGCUGCAGCCUGGGACCGAGGAGCCCGUGUGAUUCCCGGCGGCCACGGCAGUGGCGGCAGCACCAGCACAGACGAAAGCUCGAGGGCUUCUCUCCUGCGGCCUCUUGCCGGGUGCUCCUGAGGAGGCGGCGGCAGCAGCGCCUACACCGCCCCGCCCGCCGGCCGCCGCGCCUCGAGGUGUCUGUGUGUGAGGGGAGGGGGCCGAGCCGAGAAGGGGAGGGGGCGCCGCCGCCGCUGCGGAGGGAGCCGCCGCCGCUGCUACUGCCGCUGCCGGGUCGCCAGUGAAGGGAGGCAGUGGCGGCGGCGGCUAACAUGUUUUCAGUGAGGAUAGUGACUGCAGACUACUACAUGGCCAGCCCGCUGCAGGGGCUGGAUACCUGCCAAUCCCCCCUCACCCAGGCCCCUGUCAAGAAGGUGCCGGUGGUGCGAAUCUUCGGAGCGACCCCGGCAGAAUAAAACCCAAGACAAGCCACAUAAAAGCAACUUAAAAAUUAAACUGUCAUCAUAUUAUUUGUUUUAAAACUAUGGAAUAAUAUAUCUGAGGAAGAUUUCUCUCAAAAUUGUUUUUCUCAAUUUCAAGUCAGAAGACAUGUCUUCAUCUACAUGGCAUCUUUCCUUACCUCUAUGUGCCAUACGAUGGUUAUGGACAGCAGCCAGAAAGCUAUCUUUCUCAGAUGGCAUUCAGUAUCGACAGAGCACUUAAUGUGGCUUUAGGCAAUCCAUCUUCCACUGCUCAGCAUGUGUUCAAAGUGUCAUUAGUAUCAGGAAUGCCUUUUUAUGGUUAUCAUGAGAAGGAAAGACACUUUAUGAAGAUCUAUCUUUACAAUCCUGCAGUGGUGAAAAGGAUAUGUGAACUUUUGCAAAGUGGAGCCAUAAUGAAUAAAUUUUACCAGCCUCAUGAAGCGCAUAUUCCCUACCUCCUACAGCUCUUCAUUGACUACAAUCUUUAUGGCAUGAAUUUAAUAAAUCUGGCUGCUGUCAAGUUCCGAAAAGCAAGAAGGAAAAGUAAUACAUUGUAUGCAACUGGAUCCUGCAAGAAUCAUUUAUCAAGAAAUUCUCUUGCUGGUACUUUAUUUCGGUGGGAACAAGAUGAAAUACCAAGCUCUUUAAUAUUGGAAGGUGUUGAACCACAAAGUACAUGUGAAUUAGAAGUGGAUGCUGUAGCUGCUGAUAUCUUAAAUCGUCUGGACAUUGAAGCUCAAAUUGGUGGAAACCCUGGUCUACAGGCUAUAUGGGAAGAUGAAAAGCAACGGCGAAGAAACAGAAAUGAAACUUCUCAAAUUAGCCAGCCUGAGUCACAAGAUCACAGGUUUGUGCCAGCAACAGAAAGUGAAAAAAAAUUUCAGAAGAGACUUCAGGAAAUUCUCAAACAGAAUGAUUUCUCUGUCAGAACAUUAUCAGGAUCUGUGGACUACAGUGAUGGAUCCCAGGAGUUCUCUGCUGAGUUAACAUUGCACUCUGAGGUUCUGUCUCCUGAAAUGCUUCAGUGUACACCAGCCAAUAUGGUAGAGGUUCACAAAGACAAAGAAUCAAGCAAAGGUCACACUAGACACAAAGUGGAAGAAGCUCUUAUUAAUGAAGAAGCAAUUUUGAACCUCAUGGAAAAUAGUCAGACUUUUCAACCUUUGACUCAAAGACUGAGUGAGUCACCUGUUUUCAUGGACAGUAGUCCUGAUGAGGCUCUGGUACAUCUUCUUGCUGGUUUGGAAAGUGAUGGAUAUCGGGGGGAAAGAAAUAGGAUGCCAUCACCGUGUCGCUCCUUUGGAAAUAAUAAAUAUCCCCAAAAUAGUGAUGAUGAAGAAAAUGAACCACAGAUUGAAAAAGAGGAAAUGGAGCUUAGUUUGGUGAUGUCCCAGAGAUGGGACAGCAAUAUUGAAGAACAUUGUGCCAAAAAGAGAUCACUGUGCAGAAAUACCCACAGAAGUUCAACUGAAGAUGAUGACUCAUCUUCAGAAGAAGAAAUGGAAUGGAGUGAUAACAGUUUGCUUCUAGCCAAUCUUUCUAUACCUCAGUUAGAUGGAACUGCAGAUGAAAAUAGUGACAAUCCAUUGAACAACGAAAACUCUAGAACCCACUCUUCUGUAAUUGCAACAAGCAAGCUAUCAGUUAAACCCUCCAUCUUUCACAAAGAUGCUGCUACGUUAGAACCCUCAUCUUCUGCUAAGAUUACCUUUCAGUGUAAACACACAAGUGCCCUUUCUUCCCAUGUUUUGAAUAAGGAAGAUUUAAUUGAAGAUCUUUCACAGACAAAUAAAAAUAUAGAAAAAGGUCUAGAUAAUUCAGUCACUUCUUUUACAAACGAAAGCACUUACUCUAUGAAAUACCCUGGAUCUUUAAGCAGUACUGUUCAUUCAGAAAAUUCUCAUAAAGAGAAUAGUAAGAAAGAGAUCCUCCCAGUGUCUUCCUGUGAAAGUAGUAUUUUUGAUUAUGAAGAAGAUAUUCCAUCUGUUACAAGACAAAUACCAAGUAGAAAAUAUACAAACAUUAGAAAAAUCGAAAAGGAUUCCCCUUUUAUACAUAUGCACCGUCACCCUAACGAGAAUACAUUGGGCAAAAAUUCUUUCAACUUUUCUGACUUGAAUCAUUCAAAAAAUAAAGUGUCCUCUGAAGGAAAUGAAAAAGGAAACAGCACAGCUCUGAGUAGUUUAUUCCCUUCAUCAUUUACUGAAAAUUGUGAAUUGCUGUCAUGCUCAGGGGAGAAUAGAACUAUGGUGCAUUCUCUUAAUAGCACUGCUGAUGAAAGUGGACUAAAUAAACUUAAAAUUAGGUAUGAAGAAUUUCAAGAACAUAAAACAGAAAAGCCAAGCCUCAGCCAGCAAGCAGCACACUAUAUGUUUUUUCCCAGUGUUGUUCUUUCUAACUGUCUUACUAGACCACAGAAACUAUCUCCUGUCACAUAUAAACUACAACCUGGCAAUAAACCAUCCCGGUUAAAAUUGAAUAAAAAGAAACUUGCAGGUCAUCAGGAGACUUUUACCAAAAGUAGUGAGACUGGAUCCACGAAAGAUAAUAGUAUACAAAAUAAUCCUUGUAAUAGUAAUCCUGAGAAGGAUAGUGCAUUCACCAGUGAUUUAACUAAAACCUCUCGUGGAGCUUUUGAAAAUAAAACACCCACAGAUGGUUUUAUAGACUGUCACUUUGGAGAUGGAACGUUAGAAACUGAGCAGUCCUUUGGACUAUAUGGAAAUAAAUACACACUUAGAGCCAAACGCAAGGUAAAUUAUGAGACUGAAGAUAGUGAGUCGAGUUUUGUAACACACAACUCAAAAAUUAGUCUACCUCAUCCCAUGGAAAUUGGUGAAAGUUUAGAUGGAACUCUCAAAUCUCGAAAACGAAGAAAAAUGUCUAAAAAGCUGCCUCCUGUCAUCAUAAAGUAUAUUAUUAUUAAUAGAUUUAGAGGGAGAAAAAAUAUGCUUGUGAAGCUAGGAAAAAUAGACGCUAAAGAAAAACAAGUAAUAUUAACAGAAGAAAAAAUGGAACUAUAUAAAAAGCUUGCACCUUUGAAGGACUUUUGGCCAAAAGUUCCCGACUCCCCUGCAACCAAAUAUCCCAUUUAUCCACUAACACCAAAGAAAAGUCACAGAAGAAAGUCAAAACAUAAGUCUGCUAAGAAAAAAACUGGUAAGCAACAAAGGACAAAUAAUGAAAACAUCAAAAGAACUUUGUCUUUCAGGAAAAAACGGUCACAUGCUAUUCUUUCUCCUCCCUCACCAUCUUACAAUGCUGAAACCGAAGAUUGUGACUUGAAUUAUAGUGAUGUUAUGUCUAAACUAGGUUUUCUUUCUGAGAGAAGCACAAGUCCCAUAAAUUCUUCUCCACCUCGCUGCUGGUCUCCCACGGAUCCAAGAGCUGAAGAAAUCAUGGCUGCCGCAGAAAAAGAGGCAAUGCUUUUUAAGGGUUCUAAUGUAUAUAAUAAGACUGUUAAUUCUUGUAUAGGAAAAAAUAGUCGCGCAAGAGCACAGGUUAAGAAAUCAAAAGCAAAGCUCGUUAAUCCCUCUGUAGUUACUAAGAAAAGGAACAAACGAAAUCAGACAAAUAAACUAGUAGAUGAUGGAAAAAAGAAACCAAGAGCAAAACAAAAAACAAAUGCGAAAGGUACAUCGAGAAAGCAUAUAACACUUAAGGAUGAAAAAAUAAAAUCUCAGUCUGGUGCUGAAGUUAAGUUUGUACUGAAACACCAGAAUGUGUCUGAAUUUGCAAGUAGUUCUGGAGGCGCUCAAUUACUUUUUAAACAGAAAGAUAUGCCACUAAUGGGCUCUGCUGUAGAUCAUCCCCUUUCUGCUCCCCUACCCACUGGAAUUAAUGCACAACAGAAGUUAUCUGGCUGCUUUUCUUCUUUCUUAGAAAGCAAGAAGUCUGUAGAUGUGCAGACGUUCCCCAGUUCACGAGAUGAUUUGCAUCCAUCAGUUGUUUGUAAUUCUAUAGGACCUGGAAUCUCAAAAAUUAAUGUUCAAAGACCUCAUAAUCAAAGUGCUAUGUUUACUCUAAAGGAAUCAACCUUAAUUCAGAAAAAUGUAUUUGACCUUUCCAACCAUUUGUCUCAGGUAGCACAGAAUACACAGAUAUCUUCGGGUAUGUCUUCAAAGAUAGAAGAUAAUACAAAUAAUAUACAAAAAAACUAUUUGUCAUCAAUCGGAAAGUUAAGUGAAUAUCGCAAUUCCCUAGAAUCAAAGCUGGACCAAGCAUAUACCCCUAAUUUUUUGCAUUGCAAAGAUAGUCAGCAGCAGAUUGUGUGCAUAGCAGAGCAGUCAAAGCACAGUGAAACUUGUUCUCCGGGAAAUACAGCUUCAGAUGAAAGCCAAAUGCCUAAUAAUUGCUUUGUAACUUCCUUGAGAAGUCCAAUCAAACAAAUAGCAUGGGAGCAAAAGCAAAGGGGCUUUAUUUUAGAUAUGUCAAAUUUUAAACCUGAAAGAGUAAAACAGAGGUCAUUAUCAGAAGCAAUUUCACAAACCAAAGCACUUUCUCAGUGUAAAAAUCGAAAUGUGUCAGCACCUUCAGCAUUUGGUGAAGGACAGUCUGGACUGGCAGUUCUAAAAGAAUUGUUACAAAAAAGACAGCAGAAAGCACAAAAUGCAAAUAUUAUACAAGACCCAUUAUCUAAUAAACAUCAACCAAAUAAAAAUAUUUCUGGUUCUCUUGAGCGUAACAAAGCAAAUAAACGGACACGAUCGGUAACAUCCCCAAGAAAACCUCGAACUCCCAGAAGUACAAAACCAAAAGAAAAAAUCCCCAAACUUCUCAAAGUAGACUCUUUAAAUUUACAAAACUCUAGCCAGUUGGAUAACUCCAUAUCAGAUGAUAGUCCCAUCUUUUUUUCAGAUCCAGGUUUUGAAAGUUGUUAUUCACUUGAAGAUAGUUUAUCUCCUGAACAUAAUUAUAAUUUCGAUAUUAACACAAUAGGUCAGACUGGAUUUUGUAGCUUUUACUCUGGAAGUCAGUUUGUCCCAGCUGAUCAGAAUUUGCCUCAGAAGUUCCUAAGUGAUGCUGUUCAGGAUCUUUUUCCAGGACAAGCUAUAGAAAAAAAUGAGUUUUUAAGUCAUGACAACCAGAAAUGUGAAGAAGACAAGCAUCAUACUACGGACUCAGCCUCAUGGAUUAGAUCUGGUACUUUAAGUCCUGAAAUUUUUGAGAAAUCAUCCAUAGAUAGCAUUGAGAAUCAUCGCCACAACCAGUGGAAAAAUAGCUUUCAUCCUCUAACAACUCGGUCUAAUUCAAUAAUGGAUUCUUUCUGUGUUCAGCAGGCAGAAGACUGUCUAAAUGAAAAAUCUAGAUUGAAUAGGAGUUCAGUAAGCAAAGAAGUGUUUCUUAGCCUCCCACAGCCAAACAAUUCAGACUGGAUUCAAGGUCAUACCAGAAAAGAAAUGGGACAGUCUCUUGACUCAGCCAAUACCUCUUUUACUGCAAUACUCUCCUCCCCUGAUGGUGAACUUGUGGACAUGGCCUGUGAAGAUUUAGAACUGUAUGUUUCAAGAAACAAUGAUAUGUUGACACCAACUCCUGAUAGUUCACCAAGAUCUACUAGUUCUCCUUCACAAUCUAAAAAUGGCAGUUUCACCCCACGAACUGCUCACAUUCUGAAACCACUUAUGUCCCCACCAAGUAGGGAAGAAAUUAUGGCAACUUUGUUGGAUCAUGACCUUUCGGAGACUAUUUACCAGGAACCAUUUUGCAGUAAUCCUUCUGAUGUACCAGAAAAGCCCAGGGAGAUUGGUGGACGGCUCCUCAUGGUAGAAACUCGACUUGCAAAUGAUCUGGCUGAGUUUGAGGGAGACUUUUCCUUGGAAGGACUUCGUCUUUGGAAAACAGCAUUCUCAGCAAUGACUCAGAAUCCAAGGCCAGGGUCACCCCUUCGCAGUGGCCAAGGAGUUGUCAAUAAAGGGUCAAGUAAUAGCCCUAAGAUGGUUGAAGAUAAAAAAAUUGUGAUUAUGCCUUGCAAAUGUGCCCCAAGUCGACAACUGGUUCAAGUGUGGCUUCAAGCCAAAGAACAAUAUGAACGUUCCAAGAAACUGCCUAAAACCAAGCCAACUGGAGUUGUAAAAUCUGCUGAGAACUUUAGCUCUUCAGUUAACCCAGUUGACAAACCUGUAGUGCCUCCAAAAAUGGAUGUAAGUCCACGUAUACUCCCCACUACAGCACAUACCAAGGAGGAUGUUAAUUCUCGGAUUGCUUUACAAGCACCAACCACGGGAUGUAGUCAAACUGCAAGUGAAAGUCAGCUGCUGCCACCAGUUGCCUCUUCAAGUGAUCCUGAAAAAGAUGAAGAUGAUGAUAACUAUUACAUUAAUUAUAGCUCCCCUGAUUCUCCUGUAAUUCCCCCUUGGCAACAACCAGUAUCCCCAGAUUCCAAAGCAUUAAAUGGAGAUGAUAGACCCUCAUCACCAGUAGAGGAGCUGCCUUCAUUGGCUGUUGAGAACUUCUUAAAACCAAUAAAAGAUGGUAUACAAAAAAGCCCCUGCAGUGAGCCUCAAGAGCCUCUAGUGAUAUCUCCAAUUAAUGCUAGGGCAAGAACUGAGAAAUGUGAACCACUUUGCCUUCAUAGUACACCAAUCAUACAGAGAAAACUUCUGGAAAGGCUUCCUGAAGCAACUGGCCUUAGCCCAUUAUCAACAGAACCAAAAACACAGAAGUUGAGUAAUAAGAAAGGAAGUAAUACUGACACUCUUAGAAGAGUACUCUUAACACAAGCAAAGAAUCAAUUUGCAGCAGUAAAUACCCCACAGAAAGAAACUUCUCAGAUUGAUGGACCAUCUUUAAACAAUACUUACGGUUUCAAAGUCAGCAUACAAAACUUACAGGAGGCAAAAGCUUUACAUGAGAUACAAAAUCUUACCCUAAUCAGUGUGGAGUUGCAUGCUCGAACCAGACGAGACUUAGAACCGGAUCCUGAAUUUGACCCAAUCUGUGCUCUGUUUUACUGCAUCUCAUCUGAUGCUCCACUGCCAGAUACAGAAAAAACAGAACUCACGGGUGUAAUAGUGAUUGAUAAAGACAAGACAGUUUUCAGUCAAGAUAUCAGAUAUCAGACUCCAUUACUUAUUAGAUCUGGAAUUACAGGACUCGAAGUCACCUAUGCUGCUGAUGAGAAGGCACUUUUUCAUGAAAUUGCAGAUAUAAUAAAGAGGUAUGAUCCUGAUAUUCUGCUAGGAUAUGAGAUUCAGAUGCAUUCCUGGGGUUACCUCUUACAAAGGGCUGCCGCUUUAAGUGUUGACUUAUGUCAGAUGAUCUCUCGGGUGCCAGAUGACAAAAUUGAGAACAGAUUUGCAGCUGAAAGAGAUGAGUAUGGAUCAUAUACAAUGAGUGAGAUAAAUAUUGUUGGCCGAAUUACACUAAAUCUUUGGAGGAUCAUGAGAAAUGAGGUGGCUCUAACUAACUACACCUUUGAAAAUGUGAGCUUUCAUGUUCUUCAUCAGCGUUUUCCCCUCUUCACCUUUCGAGUCUUGUCAGAUUGGUUUGAUAACAAGACAGAUCUCUACAGAUGGAAAAUGGUUGAUCAUUAUGUUAGCCGUGUCCGUGGAAAUCUCCAAAUGUUAGAACAACUGGACCUGAUUGGGAAAACCAGUGAGAUGGCUAGACUUUUUGGCAUUCAAUUUUUACAUGUACUGACAAGGGGUUCACAGUACCGUGUGGAAUCAAUGAUGUUGCGUAUUGCUAAACCAAUGAACUAUAUUCCUGUGACACCUAGUGUUCAGCAAAGAUCCCAAAUGAGAGCCCCACAGUGUGUUCCUCUAAUUAUGGAGCCUGAAUCCCGCUUCUAUAGCAACUCUGUUCUUGUUUUGGAUUUCCAAUCACUUUAUCCUUCCAUCGUGAUUGCAUAUAACUACUGCUUUUCCACCUGCCUUGGCCAUGUGGAGAACUUGGGAAAGUAUGAUGAGUUCAAAUUUGGCUGUACCUCUCUGAGAGUACCUCCAGAUUUACUUUACCAAGUUAGGCAUGAUAUCACAGUGUCCCCCAAUGGAGUAGCUUUUGUCAAGCCUUCAGUAAGAAAAGGUGUACUACCAAGAAUGCUUGAAGAAAUUUUGAAGACUAGAUUUAUGGUGAAGCAGUCAAUGAAGGCUUACAAGCAAGACAGAGCCCUGUCACGAAUGCUUGAUGCACGUCAGUUGGGACUUAAGCUGAUAGCAAAUGUCACAUUUGGCUAUACAGCUGCUAAUUUUUCUGGGAGAAUGCCAUGCAUUGAAGUUGGCGAUAGUAUUGUUCACAAAGCCAGAGAGACCUUGGAACGAGCUAUUAAACUGGUGAAUGAUACCAAGAAAUGGGGGGCUAGGGUUGUAUAUGGCGAUACUGACAGUAUGUUUGUGCUACUGAAAGGAGCCACUAAGGAGCAGUCUUUUAAGAUUGGUCAGGAAAUUGCCGAAGCUGUAACUGCUACCAAUCCUAAACCGGUGAAAUUGAAGUUUGAAAAGGUAUAUUUGCCCUGUGUUUUACAAACAAAAAAGAGGUAUGUGGGUUACAUGUAUGAAACACUGGAUCAGAAGGACCCGGUAUUUGAUGCAAAAGGAAUAGAAACAGUCAGAAGAGAUUCCUGCCCUGCUGUUUCUAAGAUACUUGAGCGUUCUCUAAAGCUGCUAUUUGAAACAAGAGAUAUAAGUCUAAUUAAACAGUAUGUUCAGCGACAAUGUAUGAAGCUUCUGGAAGGAAAGGCCAGCAUACAAGACUUUAUCUUUGCCAAGGAAUACAGAGGAAGUUUUUCUUAUAAACCAGGAGCUUGUGUGCCAGCCCUUGAACUUACAAGGAAAAUGCUGACUUAUGACCGGCGCUCUGAGCCUCAAGUUGGUGAGCGAGUGCCAUACGUCAUCAUUUAUGGGACCCCCGGAGUACCACUUAUCCAGCUUGUAAGGCGCCCAGUGGAAGUCCUGCAGGACCCAACUCUGAGACUGAAUGCCACUUACUAUAUUACCAAGCAAAUCCUUCCACCCUUAGCAAGAAUCUUCUCACUUAUUGGUAUUGAUGUCUUCAGCUGGUAUCAUGAAUUACCAAGGAUCCAUAAAGGUACCAACUCCUUGCGAAGUGAACCUGAAGGGCGGAAAGGCACUAUUUCACAAUAUUUUACUACCUUACACUGUCCUGUGUGUGAUGACCUAACUCAGCAUGGCAUCUGUAGUAAAUGUCGGAGCCAACCUCAGCACGUUGCAGUCAUCCUCAACCAAGAAAUCCGGGAGUUGGAACGUAAACAGGAGCAACUUGUAAAGAUAUGCAAGAACUGUACAGGUUGCUUUGAUCGGCACAUCCCAUGUGUUUCUCUGAACUGCCCAGUACUUUUCAAAGUCUCCCGAGUAAACAGAGAAUUGUCCAAGGCACCAUAUCUCCGGCAAUUAUUAGACCAGUUUUAAAUUGUCAAUAUCAGAGAAUUACAGGUGCUAUUUUUUUCAGUGUUUACCACUAAACUGUUGUGCAUGGUGCUUUUUAACUUUCAUCGAGUCAAGGAUGUUCACUGUCUGUCUGUUAUCUGAAGACUAUGAAGACUUCUAUGCUAACUGAAUUAAAAUGUACUUGUUGAUCUCUGAAUAGCUCACUUCUUACAAUGUACAAAUUCCUCAUUCUGUCACCUUUUAAACAUUGUUUUAUAAUGCAGGUGUUGGAUUUGCUCCAGUACAUGUACCACCUUGUAAAUCCAUUUGAGUAGAUCAUGUUUACUUCCCAGUGGAAGGAGCACUGAAAACCUCUUAAAGAAAAACCAUUCGUGUGUUUUCCUUGAACUGUCUGUAUCAAGACGUGUUACUUCGAGAUAUCCAUUCACUUUAUAAUUUUGACUGCAAAAUAUUUUGUAAAUACACUUUUUUACUUUUCAAACAACUGAGUAAAAUAAUGUGCAAUGACUUUUAUACAAAUGAUUUUCAAGUUGUUUGGUAUAUUUCCUCUAGGUUUUGCUUGACUCAAAGUAGAUCGUUAUUUUGAUCAAACUGUGCAAACAGUAGUACCAUGUGUAGCAUUUUGAAACAUUAUUUUUAAAAAAAUGCUGUCUUGCUUUAGCUAUUAAUGGGGCAUUGUGAGGAACUGUGCAAAGACAUUUUUGUUACAAACCUGUGGGCCUGUUGCAAUACUUCAAAAAUAAAAAAUUUUAUUCCAUUUGCUUGUUUUGUAUAGACAUUUCUAUUGCUUCUAAAUAUGCUUAAAAUAUUUUCUUUCCUUAUGUACUGUACAGUUAAUCUUAUUUGCCAUCAUCCUGAACACAAAAUGUGUAUUUAGAAUAUUUGUAUAACUGUGUAAAAUAAAAAAGGAAUUAUGUGGUCAGUGCAUUGUUUUUUAAACUGGAAAUCAUUUUGUUUUAAAAGUUAAUAAUGGAAACCCUAUUAAAAUUGAAUAAAAUAUAAAAUAUA